UCACAUUUGGUAAACCAGCUAUUGUGCUCAAGCAGUUAGAAGGCAGUAGCUAUAGGACAGAAGUGAUUUUUGAUUCUGAUACAAAUCCAAUUUCAUUUUAUAUAACACGCUGUAUUGAGUUCAAGAGAUAUUUGUAGCUUCGUAUAAGAAGCGGAACAUUCGAUUUCGUUUAGAAAUUCGUUAGAGGCUAGAGACAUCAAAGAGAGAGAGAGAAAAAAACAGCCCAAUUUGUCAAUUCAUAAUAAGAUUCGAACAAAAAGCUCUGUUUUUCAGUUUUUCUUCACAAAAACUAUCUUUCAACAUAAGUUGUAUUCUGCAAGUGUGAAGAAAUGUUUUCGAAAUUUGUGGUGAUAAUUUGCGUCAUUUUUAUAAAUAGCUGCCGAAGUGAACAGUCAGCAACAUACACAGCAGCGGUAGUCGAAAUAAAUCCUGUGUCCGAUGGUAACACAAGCAAGAGUGUGGCUAAGCUCACAAAACAAGCCAUCGACAUCAUUGAAUCGAGUGUAUUGGAUGGAGUGGAUAUUGUGGUGUUGCCAGAAGUCCUUUUCAACCGUCAAAAUACUGCUGUGCUACUACCAAAUACAAACCUGUCAUAUUGCGAUGAUCCGACCGUUGAUGAGGUGCUCCGAAGUGUCUCCUGUGCGGUUCGAAAAGCAAAAAAAUAUGUGGUAAUUGACUUGUAUGUCAAAGUGAAAUGUUCAAUGGACGAUCAAUCGUUUUGCGCUUACGAAUCCGAUUCCACGAACCUCUACAACAUGGCCAUUGUCUUUGACCGCAACGGUGAUGUGGUUACGAAGUAUCGAAAGUAUCAUUUGUUCGGCGAAUACGGGGCGCAACAGACUCAAACGCCCGAUAUGACAACGUUUAAAACUGAUUUCAAUGUAACAUUCGGUGUGUGCGUUUGCUUUGAUCUGUUUUUCGAUGAACCGGCCAUUAAUUUAGUCGACCAAGGCGUCAAACACUUUGUUUAUCCAACGAAAUGGUACUCGGAAAUUCCGUAUUUGACAGCCGUUCAAUACCAGCAGAGUUGGGCGUAUGCAAACAAUGUAAAUCUAUUGGCAGCAAAUGUGAAUGCGCCCAGCAUAAAAUGUUCGGGCAGUGGAAUCUACGGUGGACGAUCGGGUGCGUUGCAAGUAAUCGUCAGCGAAUCACCGGCAACUCAAAUUCUUAUAGCAAAGAUUCCCAUUGAUCCACUGCCAGCUGAACAUUACUCAUCAAAAAUCGAUAAAGCAACGGAAGGGAAUCGUCUUUCACGAUCAUUUUUGCAGCUAGAAACCGACUCGGAUGAAAUUAAUUUUGGCAAUUUUGUUGAAAAUUCCUUGAACUUCUCUAAUAGUAAUAUUCAACCCGGAGAUGUACCGUUUGAAAUGAAUCUCAAGCAAGAAAAUCUAAUCGAGUUUACUGUUACAUUUUUGAACUUCUCCGAAAGUCUCAAACAGAGCGGAACAGUGUGCAAUAAAGCCAUUUGCUGUGAUUACAACAUCGAAGUCAGCGACAAUGGCGAAUUGGAUGGGAAGUCAUCAUAUUCAUAUGCAAUAUCGGUUUUCAGUGGGCAUCGUUACCACAACCCAAUCAAAAACUUGCUCACCGGCCAAGAGAUGUGCAGCUUAAUCGCCUGUACUGAGAUGAACACGAAGAGUUCCUGUGGAAUUCGAACAUCACCGUCACAAGUGCACAAUCGAUACAAUUUCAUAAAAUUGUUGCUGAAAACGGUGCUUCCAGUCACUCGCAUGAAAGUCAUGCCGAACACAUUGACCGCAGACUUGCUGCCGCUCAAAGUAACGGAGUUUGAGUACAAAAUAUCCGAAUUAAAAGAACAUUAUGCGGUCGAGCUGAAUUUGAAUGUGCCAAAGUCAAAUCUGCUAACGUUUGCCAUUUUCUCACGAGACUAUGACAAGGAUAUGAUCACAAACGGCGCAGAAUCUGGCAAGAGUUUCAUCAUAAUCACAUUUUGCGUUUUUUCAAGCAUUAUUUGGAUGAGAUACAGUCAUUAUGUAAAUCAUUGAUAGAACUAUUUUUGUAUCAUUAUUUUGUACUGAAAAACACUAGGAAUAUUUUUAUAUAAUUAUAAUCGCAAUUUUUCAUUACAAUAUUUUUCUAAAUACCAAGAAUAGAAUCGAUUAUUCAGGUCUCAACUAAACUUUCUCAGAAAGAAACUCUAAGCAGAGUAAAACUCACAUUUAGUUUGCGGAUGAAAAAUGUCAAAUAUGUUGGAAAAUCGAACUAAGUACAUUAGGAUAUAUGAUAUGCUGAAAAUUACCACUAGAAUGUGUACGCAUAAGCGUCAAAACAACCGUUAUGUUAUUUUUCACUCAAAAUUGGGAGAAUAAACGAGUUUAAGUGAAGAAAAAAAUUACUCUUCCGUGCAUGAACAAAUUUAAAUAAAAUAUAAACAAAUAUUCAAUAAACUAAGUCCUUAUUAUCAGAUGAAACUGAAGAAAAAACAAAUUCAAAAACGCUCGCAUAUAACAUAUGAUGACAUCUAGUGUAAAGCGGUGGUCAUUUAUUCCACUUUCGAUCAAACUGUCACUGCUAUGACUGCAUUGCUUCAGAGGUCGUCAUGUGUUUAUAUAGGUGAAUGUAUUUGAAUUUUUAUUUUAUUUCGUAUAAUUUUUCUUCAGUUCCAUUUGAUAAUAGGCUGCUUACAAAAACGUCUAGAAAUAAAACAAAA